AUGCCUGGCUGUUUUAAAAAGACUUUAUUUGCCUUGGCUUCUAUAAUAAGUUUUGCAUCUUUUAUCUUGAUUGUUGUUGCAAUGGGGAACCAAAAGUGGAUGACUGGAAAGAUGCUUUGCAAAACAGGAGUUGAUUUAGUCAAUGCCACAGAUCCAGAGCUGGUGAAGUUCAUUGGAGAAAUUUACUAUGGACUCUUUCAGGGCGGCAAGAUCCGCCAGUGUGGGUUGGGUGGGCGUCGCUCCAAAUUCACAAUUUUCCCACAUAUGGUGAAAAAGCUGAAUACAGGCCUGCAUGUGAUGAUUAUAAUGUUCCUUUGUGUGGCCCUUUUCUUUUCUCUGGUCAGUUUUGGAUUCUGCAUUCUUAAUGUAAUCAGAGUUCCCUACCGGGCUAUUAAAGGUCCAGCAGGAGUAUGCCUUUGGAAUUUCCUUGCAGGUGGAUUUAUUGUACUUGCAGUCACCAACUUUACGGCUGCUGUAAAACUUCAUCACCUCACCGAAAGAAUUGCCAAUUUUCGGGAAAAUGUCUUUCAGUUUGUAAUCUUAGAAGAACAGUUUGAAGACUGUUUUUGGCUCUGUGUGGCAAGUGCCACAGCACACGCAGUAAAUUUGUUGCUAAUAGCCGUAAGUGGGAUUAAUUUUCCUAAAAUUAAGACUAAAACAGAGGAAGCAAACGUUGCACCAGAAGAUAUCAUGUACUAAGAAAUCUACAUAAAAGUACUUUGAUGAAGUGAACUGUCACAACAGAAACAGCUCGUUGGCUCUUCAGCUUUGAUUUGGAUGGACAAUUUUGGUGCCAUCAUCAGUACAGAUGCCACCUGCAAAAAUCUUCGGUAUUUUUUAAA